AUCCACAAUCAUGUGGCCUUGGAAGAUUGCAAAUCAAUGAUGAAAAUGACUAUAAACACCACCUUUUCAAACUCCUUGAUUCAUUAAUUUUCUUUAUUUUUUCAAACCACAUUUUGUCUCCCAUCUUUCAACAAACAAAUCCAUCAGUUCUUCCCUAUUGGUGUUUCACAUAGAUCAUGGACUUCUGGGUGGUUGCAGCCGCUACCGGUGCCGGUUAUGUGGCCAAGCACUGGCAGCACCUAUCGGGCGAGAAAGAUGGCUCAUCGAACCCAUCACCUAUGCCAUCACCACGACUGCAACCAGAUCCAUCCCAAGCGUUCAGCAAAAUCCCCAACUCGGUUUUCCCACCGCCACUUUCUGGUCCACCUCCAAUCUUUAUCGAGAAACAGGUACUUCAAGACGACUUGAGUGAAAUCAAAGGAAAACCCGACUACUUUGACACUUCAAACCAUCGUUUACAUGAACUCAGAACCAAUAAUACGAAUGGCAAGUCAUUCUCUAGUCUAAGACCCUUAGUGGUCACUAGUAGCAGGAGAGAUUCUGGACGAAAACAAUCAACACAAGUUGAUGAUGUAAAAGAUCGUAAGAUCGUGUUCAUGGAUGAAACUGGCACAUCCGUGGAAGCGUUGUUCUUCGAACAAGAUGGAUCAGUGAAACUUCCAAGAAGAUCAAAACAAAUGUACGUCAAGAGAUUUGAAACAAGCAACGAUAUCGUGCCCUUGUUCCUCGGGAUUGCAAUUGGGAUAUUGUCAACUACUGUGAAUAAUCAGCAUGAAGUUGAGCAUCUAAACGAGCUGCUAGAAGAAGCUGAAAGUAUGGUUCGAGAUUUACACAACCACCUUGAAACAAACGACGGGAUUACGAUAAACGAGCAUGGCACUGAGACGAUAAAAACUGCAACCAGUAGUCCAAAACCCAACAACUUUGAGUUAACAAGUGACAUCGAGGCCGAGCUCGAGGCCGAGCUUGUUAGAUUGGAACAAAAUAUGACUAAUGUGGAGGUUGACUCGGACAUUGAAACAUACAUGGCUAGAGGAGACUUGAACCUAGAUGCCAUCACCUGGCAACUCGAUAGCCGAUCUGAAUCAGACCACAGUGACAAAAGCGAAAGCACCGGCAGACCCGUUUUCACUCCAAACUACGUGGUUUCGCCACUUGAGUUACGGCUACGCCUUCAUGAAGUAAUCGAGUCAGAACUCCGAGCCCGUAUCGAGGAGCUCGAAGCCAUUCUCGAGAACCGAAACAGCCAAAGUAAGCCUCAUUCUCCAGAACCACAAGAAGAAAACUCUUUCUGGGACUUUGAUCACACCAGAAUCGAAUCUUCUUCAUCAAGCCCUUAAAACUGCAUAAAACAUCAUAAAGAGUACAACCAUAGAAGCGCAAAUUGCACAUAUCAAAAGGUAUUCAUGGUAUGGAUCAAGAAAUGAGAAAGAAAUGCAUAGAUUCAGCUGCAAAAUUUUCCAGA